ACAGUUUUAUUUAUUUUAUACAUGUGGUAGGUGAGGGCACCACUGUGGAAAUAAGAACACCUUGUAGAGCAACUUCAGGAGUCAGUUUUCUCCUACUAUGUUGGUUCCAGGGACCAAACUCAGGCCGUUGGAAAGCACCUUUGCCCGCCGACCGUCUCAUUGGACCUUGAAGAUUUUUUAAAUCAGUAUGCUUUCAAAAUUAAGAGUUCUAUUUAAGGAAGUUAAUAUGUUGAGGUAUAAAGAGUCAGUGUGUUAUUUAGAAGUCUGUAUUGGGUGUUAGUAAACAUUAGAAACUUGAUCUUUUUCUGAAAUUAUCCUUUGUCCUCAGAUUGAAGUAAACGUACCUCCUUCAGAUCUCCAGGAGAAGGGAAAGCAUUAGGUCGUUGUAGGUCAUUUUAGAAUACUGUGUAUGGUUAUCUCAUAUGUCAGUGUUAAGACAGUUGGUGUAUUCGCUAAAGCCAAGAGUUUAGCUUGGUUGUUACCAUUUGUGUUUUGCCUUUUUUUCCGCAUGUGGGACACAGUUCAGUGCAUUUGACCUGCCACAUUGCUGUCGAGAGCCACUGGCAUGUGCUUUUCCUCCAACCUCUAGGCAAAUUUCUCUUCAGGCCUUUAGAUUUUUGUGAUCAUCGUAUUUAGCUUGUAAUCUGGAUUCGCAUUUAAAGUUAGUAGAUAGAAAAGUUAAUAUAAAGCAUAUAUUAUGUGUUGCUUAUUUAAUAAAUAUAUAUUGAGGUCCAUGAUAAGUACUAGAGAUAUAACUAGAUUCAGAAGAAAUAUUCAAAGAGAUUCCCCAAAAGAGAAGGAAAGAAUUUCAAAUGGAAAAGCGAACGUGAAGGCGACAUUGCCUGCUUGCCUGAGACAGAAGGAAGGGCCGUUGUGUGGUAGUUCCUUGUGUGUGACUGCUGGAUGAUCGUCGUGUGACAUGACAGGAGGGCAGAGCGCUUUCACAGUUUUUGUACCAGGUGAAAACUCAACUUACAUUGGACUGACCCAACAUUUUAAGGGCUCAGUGACUGUGUGGUUCUGGCUUGUCUGUCUCACCUUCCAGAUCACAGAAGAAACCUUCGUGAAGGAACCUUCCUCCGAUCCCAAGAUUUGAAUUCUGUGAACCUGCGUUUGUGGUUGGUAAUUGCCUCCAGAUAGCGUCUGAUAGUCAUCAGUAUGAUCGAAUUUAUUGUGGAGCUGGAGUCCAGAAAGACCAUGAAAACUACAUGAAGAUUCUACUCAAAGUUGGGGGCAUACUAGUUAUGCCUAUAGAGGAUCAGUUGACACAGAUCAUGCGCACUGGACAGAACACGUGGGAGAGUAAGAGCAUCCUUGCUGUUUCAUUCGCACCACUUGUGCAGCCAAGUAAGAGCGACAGCGGCACGCCGGAUGCUGUGGGACUCCCUCCGUGUGCUGUCAGGAAUCUACAAGACUUAGCACGGAUUUACAUUCGGCGCACACUUAGAAAUUUCAUAAACGAUGAGAUGCAGGCCAAGGGGAUUCCUCAAAGGGCUCUGCCAAAGAGGAAGAGAAAGAGAGUUAAACAGAGAAUUAACACCUACGUGUUCGUGGGUAACCAGCUUAUUCCCCAGCCUCUAGAUAGUGAGGAGGAUGAGAAAAUGGAAGAAGACAGCAAAGAAGAGGAAGAGAAAGAUCUCAGUGAAGCCAUGAAGCCUGAGGAGCCACCGCAGAAUCUACUGAGAGAAAAGAUCAUGAAGCUGCCGCUCCCCGAGUCUUUAAAAGCUUACUUGACAUAUUUCAGAGACAAGUAACUGAAAACAUGACAGAAUCCCUUCUGACUACUCCUUUAGUCUUGAAAAUGUAGCAUUUAGUAGGUGUUAGGAGAGAAUUACAUCAGAGUGAAUUAUAGCAGAAAAAAUAUAAAUUAUUUCAUUAACAAAAUGAUGUAUUGAGUGAUUUAAAAGAAUCUCUUUUCUAAAAUCUAUUUUUCUUUAAAUCUUCAGGAAAUGCUGUUGUAACUCAGUUUCAAAGUGGAAUGCAGCAGUAGUCAGGAUUUUGUAGUGGCACGGGUUAGUUUUCCUUUUAUAUGAGGUUGAUGUACUUGGUAAGGAUAUAUAACCUGAUUUGAUCUGCAGUUUGCAUUUCCUUUAUAAGAACUUUCUUACCUAAUAAGGAAAUCAAAUACUUUGUAGACUAUUUACUUUUGUUGAGGUAUAUUCCGGGCAAUGUAUGUGUGCAAUAAUAAGACAGCAUACUGAAUAAUUUAGCUUUAAAAAUCACAGUGUCAUGAAACUGUACAGCCCUGCAACUUUUGCUUUUAAAUCUAUUGCCAAAAGAUCCAGGGAAAAUUCCUGCUUCUCUCAUAGAGAUCUUAAGAGCACAGCAAGGGAGUGUUAAAGUAGAAAGUGGACACAACACGAGUAGUUUAUAUGGACCUUCACAUUCUCAGUGUUUAAAGACAAUGAGGUUAUCUUAACUCUCUAGAAUUUUAAAAGGUAGUAUAUUUAGGAUUGUUUUCAGUAAUUCACUGUGUAAAGUAUUAGAUUUUAAAAGCAUCUGCUGCCCCAUUUGCGUGUGAAUGCUCAGGCAGUGAGUGAGCAGGCACAUGACCACCCCUUUUUAGGUAGUUCCUAGCAGCAGGGCCAGAGUGCUGUGGUCAGCUAAUGCCCUUUAGCAAUGGGACUUUUAGUUUAUCUGAAUAUUUAUCUUUGACAAUAUAGGGCCAAGCUUGCCUACAUUUGCUUUGGAUCUUUUUAGUAUAAAUAGCUAAUCACAAAAUUUACGUUAGAUUCCUUUGUGUUAAAAUUUGGUUCAGAAUCAUAGUGCAAUCUUUGGGACCCACAUCAUGCUCAUUUAACUUCUUCCCAUACUUUGUUUCUUUGGUUAGAAUUAUUAUGGUUUUCAUCCUUUGCUCAGUGUUACGUACUUAAGGUACAUAGAGUAUCAGUGAUAAAACAGGGAGAAAAUGUCGUUUUUUUCUUCCUAGUAAGGCCUGCAAACAGUCAUUCCUUGUUAAGAAAGUGUAUAACGUAGCCUGUCUACUCCUUAGUGUUACAUGAAUAUAUAAACUUAAAGGGAAGAAUUCAGGUGUACCACUUAUUACCACCAGCAUCACUAUGACAGCAGCUGCCCAGAUUUGCUUAAGAAACUCAAUCAUUGUGAAAGAACUACUAUUUCUUUACUGUCAUUCAAUAUUUUUCAAGUAUCUCAGCUCCAAUAAUUCUGCAUAUAUGAAUCAAUUAAAAUACUCUGAACACAAAAUUGUCUAAAUGAUGGUAUUUUGGUAAUGUGAGAGACAGUUUUAUGGAAAGGAUUUGUUGGCUCUGGGUGGUGGCAUGGAGGUGUGUAUAAUUUUUCUUAGGAAAUUAUUAAACUAUGAUUAAGAAAUGCCCUGUCUUUUUCUAUCUAAAAAAAAUCAUGUUAGAAAUUGGUGGUACUUAAUAUUGUACCCAGGGCCUCACAUGUGCUAGGCAAGUGUUCUAUCACAGAGAUAUGGCCCCAGACCAACACGCUGGUCUUUUGUCUGUUUGUUUUUCAUUGUUUUAGAAGCUGAAUCUUGAAUUUUGAUACACAUGAAUUUUUAUCUGGGGAUUGUCUUCAUCUCACCUCCCUGUCCUCACUGCUCCCCAAACCUGUGUCUUCCUCUCUUCGCUCUGUUUAUUCUUCCACAGCCCUGUGUUUUUGGAGCUGGUGUCCAGAUACCUAAGCAUACAUAUUUUUCAAUGAUCUUAUUCAGGAGAGUUUGGUUAGGGAUAAAUUUGAAGACUAAUGUUUUCAUACUGUCUUUCAUUCUGUUGACCUUGACAAAGCAUACAGUAGAUUAUUGUGACUGUUGCAUUUUUGAAAUGUAUUUUAUGUUUUUAAAUGCAUUUAUUUUAUAGGUGUGACUUUAUCAUCACUGACUUUUAAGUAAAUAAUAAAUGAAAAUUCAAGGGAAAGGAAUCUUUUCAAUUCAGAUGUACCAGAAUAAGAAUAUUAUGGAUUUGUUUUUACUUUUUAAUGAAUUCAUGUUUACUUGAGUAUGGAAAAUUAGGCUUUCUAGGUAAAGAAGUAAAAAAGAUGAAACAAAAGUAAAGUAAGCUGUGUGGUGUGGCUCAUGCUUGUAAUCACAGCACUCAAGAGACUGAGGCGGGAUGAUUGUCUGGAAUUUGAGGCCAUCCUGGGUUAUAGAGUGAGUUUGAGGCCUGGGCCACAGAGUAAUACCUUAUCUUCAAAAAACAGAAGAAUGUGAAAAUGAUGGGAAUGUCAUCAUUGAUUUGUAUAUAGAUUAGCAAAACGUUUAAGUCCCAUCUUUAGGCCUUUAUUUUAAAGAUGACAGAGAAGGCCUAUGGCAGAAGGAAGCGUGUUUUGUUUAAAUCACGUGGCUAGUUGGAGGAAGGGUCUCAAAGAACAUCCAGCAUCGUUAAGCCCCUGGAAUCCUCCAGCGACACCAUAGCUAUCAUGGUCCAUUUAAAUCUCUACUACUCACUGAUUGACAUAUUUGGCCCUGGUAUUAAUAUAUUAUUAAUAUAGCAUACCUGGUGGUUAAAAUACAAAAAUUGUGUUGAUCGCCAUUUGACACAAAAGUGGAGCAAAGGCUGUUAAGUCAUUGGAAGGUGUGGAAAGUAUUUUAAAUAAACAAUCACAUAUAAUUAAGCAGCA